UACUAGGACAACAAUGGUAGGUAAGUUUAUAGAGUUCAGUGGGUAAGUUAUGACUAGAAUAAUAAAAAUAUAUUCCUUCAUCAAAUGCAGUCAAACGUCUCUGAAUCGUGACGUUUCCCGAUCGCACAUGUGGUGUCGAUGUAGCCACGUGUAGGCCGCGGCCACCAAUCGGGAAGGCGAGACAAUUUUCAGAUUUUACAUACCUACACGACGUAAUGGAUGAAUUUACAUGAAUAUGUAAAAAAAAUCAUAUUAUUUUCUCAAAUUUUGACGAAAGUAGAUACGAUAGAUGAAGAAUUUUCGAACAAAAGUAGUUACAGAUGAAGUUCCGCGAAUGCACAUCUAACCUCUAAAUGUCCGCAUAAAAAGUACUUUCAUGAGAAUGCAAAUGGUAUUAAUAAUAUUUGCGUACGAGAUUUGUGCUGAAUAAAAGAAGAAACAUGGAUGAAGUUGAAUGUAAAUUGGCAACUAAUAAUGCCAUAUUAAUUUCACAUGCAAUUUCGAAGAUUGUUGGACUAAUAAAAGACCGCAGCGAUGAACUGAACGGUGGGGAUGUGUCUGGGGUACCAGAAUUGGCAACGUUGAUUUCCAAAUGCGAGAGCAGUAAUGCCCUGAUUAGCGUCACGGCAUGCCAUGCACUCACGACUCUUGUGGAGAAUGGCGUACUUAGUAUCGGUACCACAUUGUCCAGAUUCAUAGCUUUGUUAGGAUCAACCAAGAAUUACACGGCUGUAACGGCGGCAAUAAGUAACCUUCUGUUACUUGCAUUAAAAAUUUACGAUGACAAAAAUCCUUAUAUGUGCCCCUUCACACUUAAAACGCCACAACAUCCAUUAAUUACUGUUUUGAAUCUGAAUAAAGAUAUCUGGAGGGACAUUUUGAAUCAAAUGCAGUUUAUGGUAAACCAUUAUGAAAAAGAGAUUGCACAAAACAGCAUAGAACUCUUACGUCCAGUAUUUCUCUUCAUUUUAUGUAACCCAACAUCAACACUCUCCGAAAGCUGUAAACAGCAAACUUGGCAUCUCUUGAUAAAGACGAAUCAUGCAGUUUAUCUGCAAAUCGAAGCAUUACUCUGGCUGCAAACCAGCAAUGCAAAUUCUUGUAUCAAUACGAACUAUAGACUUCUUGAACUGACUGAACUUGCUUUACUUAAUAAGGAUAAAAAAUUGUACGUUGCUCUGACUUUGCUGAUAUCAUCUCUUGCUCUUGAAUUAGUCAAACAUGGCUGUGAUCCGAGAGCCAAUUUGGAAAUACUUUCAGAGAUUUUCAAAGAUAAUGACAAUGAAGCCAGCAGUGUUACUAUAGCUUUAUUGGCUGAAUUGAUUUUAAUAUGUCCUGCCGUUUACUUGAAUAACGUUAUUCGGUUGUGUACAACUAUAAUAGAUACGUCUUGCAGUAUUACAAGUAUGCAUAUGCUGUUAGCAUCUUUGUUACAAUGGAUGGCGUAUCCUUCAUUAUUAUCAUGCGAUGGUCUGGAAACUGCUAAAGAUGUGAUAAAUUCAAUUAAAACUAGGAAAACAUGGUCUUCACACACCAAAAGACUUUAUGCAAACAAAACAUUUAGUACACUGAAGUAUUUCGAUUCCAAUGUACCGUUCUAUGUGGAAACAUGCUGUUGCGUAGAAACUCUAUGCAAUGAGAACAUGAUCUUAUGGCUGGAGAAUAUUUCGAAAGCUCCUCAAGACUUCAAAUACAAAUUAAAAUUGUUUCUUAGCGCAAUAGCCAAAGAGAAUGUACCAUUGAUAAUUCACAAUUUGGAAACUUUACUGGGAUAUGGGAAACCAUUGAAACAAUUGGCAAUAGAGCUUUACUUAAAAACGUGGAAAAAUGAGCCACGAUCUCAUCGAUAUCUCCAAGCUGCCCUAGUGGAUGCAAGCAAAAAUGAUCAUUCUUGGGAGACAAGUAUAACUUGUGCAAGGGCUAUGAAAUACAUUUGUGAAACUCGACCAGAGCAUGGAGCUGAAUUAGUUCCGUUGCUGUCACAAAUAUUAAACAGGUGUAACGAUCUCAAGGGUAGUGCCCCGAGUGCUUUGGCUUUGAAAGGUAUAUCGGCACUGUGUGAAUCUGGAGUUAUUGACAUAUGUUCAACAUGGAAGAUUUUAUCUCCGAAACUGAAUAAGGAUAAGAGAAGCAUCGUCUUACAAAGCCUUUGCGAGUUACUUGGGGAUAUACCAUCAUAUCCGCGUCAGCCAAGUGAAAAUUUUGACAAACUUGUUAUUGAAGUAAUAACUAAGUUAUGGAGUUACGUUGCCGCUUCUGAAACCACAGAAGUAGUUACAUCUGCUUUGCGUGCCUUAUCUGCAUACAAUUUAGAGCUAAUACCAUUGAAAUCAUUGCCAGAAAAUUUCCGGAAAGAUUUAAAACUGCCAGAUAUCUACUGUCAAACGCCAGCGGAUGCGGCCAGGAAGCCUGAAUUAGUUUUACCGUAUAUCCCUGGCACGUGCUGGAUACAAAUGUUGGAAAAUAUUAAUUCGUCAGCCUUGCGAGCAGCUGGGGAUUUGUUAAUAUCUUUUAUCAAAUCCGAAGUCAACAGUUUUCGAGGGAAUAUAUAUUCUCCACCUCAGGGAGAACCAAAUAACUUUCGUUACCUACCAGAUAAAAGUGUUAUAAAAGCUAUGGGCGAUUACAUAAGACUUUCUAGCGUAUCUCCUAAAGAUCACAGAGAGCCAAUAAUUGUCGAAUGUUUGAGAAUACUGUCACAAAAAUACCCAAAACCCCUACCUCCUAUAAACUGGGUGUUUUUACAAGGACUCUUGCAAUUAAAUGAUGAGGCUAAAAAAUAUGUCAUAGCUUUGGCUUGCCACCAAAUGACAAUAUCACCAUCCGCUAAACGAUUUAUUGAAAACUACCUUACCACAUUCGAAGCAGUCACACAAUUCCAAGAAUAUGUGUUAAUAUAUGCAAACUUGCAGGAUCUGUGUAAAGGAGUACCACCCAAUAUUUUAAGACCAGUUCUAGAAAAAACGUUGAAUUACACUUUGGAAAAAGCUCUUAUGGGUAAUGACGAAUCGGUAGAUAUGUACAAAGAAAUCAUGGUAUGCUACAAACAUACUUUAAAAGAUGAAACAAUUCAUGAUGCAAAUAGAACCUUACUUUCCAUUAUAUUGGAAGGGCUUUUGGAUAGAAUAGAGGGUGAUAGCAAACUGUUCGAAUUUUAUGUCGAUACAGUUGUUGAAUUGUCAUCAAAGCAUAUCGAAAGAAUGACAUCACCGAGUGUCUGGUGGGAAGUUACAGGUCAGCGUCUGAAAAAAGCGAUUUCAAUUAGAGCAGAAUUGACGUUGAAAAAGGAUGUAGAAUUACCACUCGCCUGGAUGAAUGAAGUCAUUGACACUGCCAUUACCAUGCCUGGGGAGCAGGUAUUUGUUCUGAGAACCAUGUUAUACGUUCAAUCAAAAAUGCGAUCUGAAUCCUCUACUUCAAAAUGGGUGUUAGAACUGAUGGGACGUAUUCAAGCCAUAUUAGCUGACUUAUCGCUGGAAGAUAAUGAUCAAAGAGCUAUAUUUCUCUCCGAUGUAUUGUUCAUUUCUUGCAUUUGCCUCUCUGGCAAUGAUUGCCUGUUGACAAACAGUGAAUCGAUUGUUCUGUCUAGAGGCCUUCGGGUCAGUAUGUUCUCCCAAGCCAUUGCAGACUUGGUUCAAAAUGAACACUGGCGUCGUUUUGUUACUCAGAUUAUGGAAUGGCUGCACCAUAUGCGAUCGAGUAUAUUACCCGAAUUAUACACAAUUGCAUAUCACAAUGCCUUGGUCUCUCUCAAACACGAACGAUACUUCAACGACGCCUGGACUAAAUAUUUAUCGCAUAAACCACGAAUGCACUUACCGUUAUGA